GAGAGUCAGGUGGCGCCAUGUUCCAGGGGCAGCGUGGUUGGUUCUGCCGCAGUGUCAGUCAGGCCCUGAGGCAGUUCUGGGUGGACCAAGGUGGGAUGGUCAGUGACGCCCAGGCCGCCGACUUCCUGUUCAGCUGUGAUGCCUCGCAUCCUGACACCCUGAGAAUCUAUCAGAGUCUCGAGUACACGGAAGACAGUGCUACAGUUUUCCACGCCUACUAUCUUGCUGCAGUAGCUAAUGCUGAGAAGAAAAAUUCAGUGGCCUUAGGCCAUUUUGUCCUUCCUCCUGCAUGUCUGCAAAAAGAAAUACGAAGAAAAAUUGGUAGUUUUAUUUGGGAACAAGAUGAAAAAUUUCAGAUAGAAAAGCAUAGCAGAGCAACAUCAAGUGUAAAGGGAAGCACUGGGCCAACAACAGAACACAAACAAGAACUGUCCAAAAGUACAGAGAAUCAUCUCAUAAGGACUCCGGCUAUAGAAAAGCAGACGUGCUUCCCGCUUCAGAAUUAUCCAGUGAACAACAUGGUAACAGGUUAUGUAUCAAUUGAUACCUUGGAGAAAUUCCUUGGAGAAUUACGUGACUUCAUACCUGGAAACUCAGGAUAUUUGGCAUAUCAUGUUCAAAAUGAAAUUAAUAUGUCUGUUAUAAAAAACAAAUUAAGAAGGAAACUAAGUUAAGCUAUACUUACAUCUGGGCACUUAUUUUUUUUUAUAAAUAGUAUGAUGUGUAUAAUUUAAAUGUGAAUGAAGAAUUAUUUUCUUUCUUAAUAUGUGUCCUGAGAAAACUCAGAAUCACUUUGAUCACUGAAAUUUGUGACAUAUUCACAAAUUGUGAGUUACUGUCAUCCAAAUUCACUUGAAAGAACCCUGUCAAAGGCUCCUUUGAUUUUUGACUUUAAUAUGUAUUUUUUUUCUAGGCUCAAUAUUGAAGUGCUAGCCCUUCUAAAGCUGGUUGGUUAUUUUGAUUUAAAAUAAAUUAGGAGGGUAUACUUGAACUGUAAAUGUUUGUUUCUGAAACAUAGUGAGUCAGGUGCCUUACAAUCUCCAUGGUAGAGCUUGACGGGACACUGGCUUGUGAGGAAAUGAAGCCCUUGAGAAGGUGUCUUGCCAGAGUGAAUAAAUAGGCCCCUUCCGGACUGGAAUGUGGCUUUCCUGAUUUUCCAGGCUGGUAUUCAUACCCUGUUUUCCUACAUACCCUGUUUUCCUAUGUGGACAUGCUGGAACCUCUGUGUCAGAUCUGUGUCUCAUUGUCUUAUUCAGGCUGGCUCUAGCUGCCCACUGUGUUCCAAAUAAGUUGAAACUGUAGCUGUGUCUUCUGGACCUAGCUUUCAUGUCUUACUUACAUAAAUCUAGAGAUAUGAUAAUCUCAAGAAGGCAGUUUUGCUAGGCUCGGUGGUGCUGACCUAGAAUCCCAGGUACUCGGGUGACUGAAGCAGGACUAUAGAAAGCUCUAGCCAGCCCAGGCAACUUCCCAAGUCCCUGCCUGAGAAGGAAAAGGUAGACAAGGCCAGUUACAAAGCCUCUGCACAGCGUGUAGAAGGUCCUGAGUUCAAUCCACGAACGUAGAAACCACUCUUUUACUUAGGGUUUGGUGGCCUACCGUGUUCUGGAGACAUAAAUGGAGUUCUUUUAAAGAUGUCUUCCUAGGCCCACGUGUCCUCUGGCAGCCAUAGAACUAUCAAAAGAAACUGUCUAUCUCUCUUUUUUUGGUGUGUGGAGUGUUUGGGUGGGUGUGAGCCUUAGCUCUGCCUUUCCCCUACAACUCAAAUUUCAUAACAAAAUUCUGACACAGCUCUCAGCCUCAGCUCUGGAGAAUUACAUCUUUGUCUGUUUGGUAGUUUCUCCUUAUUUAUUUUUGUGUAUGUGGCUAAGUCCUUCUGAAUUUAUAAAUGAAUAAAAAACUGUUAAUUAUCUUUUCCUGAAACAUUAAAUAUUGUCUCUUCCUGAAUACUUUAUCUUAGUCACGUUCUAUUGAUUAGGUUUUACAUAGAAACCAAGCCUAUCUGUAGAUUUAAAAUUAAUUAUUAAGAGCAUUACGUAAGUUUACAUUAAGUUGUUUACAUUGGGAUUAUGGUAAGAGUUUCUCCAACAUGUACUUGCGUUAACAUAGUAAAUAAAAACCUCCAAC